AUGUCGACAUCAUUGCGGCUUCACCACCCAACAAACGCGGCGCCUUCGCAUGCAAUGGCUAUGAAAGACAUUGCCGUUCCACUUGACGGGAGUCAGAAUUGCCACAACACUGUCGCGGAGACACACGAUAUGCUUGCGUACCCACAGAUAGGUGGAGACGUUAAUGCGUGCGGAGUACAAGACGUGGGUGAGGGCGACGAUGGCGGUGUGCAAUUUGGCGACUUUUUCUUUCAGAAUAUUCCACCAGAGGGAAGCGUUGAUGCGGCGCAGUCCUCCGUGUUUGAGGGUUUUUGCUUCGAUGACAUCUGUGAUGAUGGCGCGUGGGCAGCCGGCGUCACAGCGAUGGGAAACGCGCCUGAAGAGGAUACGGAGAAUCAAAUUCAUUUAAGUGCACCACAACCGUUUGAAUUUCUUCUUCCAGAAGACGCCACCUCCACAAGUGGGACCGCAGCCGUGGCUGAAGGCACCGUAACAGAAAGUGCUUUUGACUUGGGCUUGGGGGUGGCGCACCCCACCCGCGGAAUAGCGGAUGUUCCCUCAGUCUCUGUUCCUGUUUCCACGGAAGUUCUACGGCGGUCUGCACCACGUGGAGGCGAACGA